GGUUUCAGCCUCCACAUUUCGCCAUGAAGCGUUGAGUGUCGCGGCAUGCUCUUGCUCGACAUGACACAUGUCAAGGCGCCGGGCUUGCGCUUGUGGAUACCGAUGGCUUCUGCUUUGCCUCCUCAUCUGCAUUGUCUCCACCCUCUUGCUUAUGAAUGACCAGCUGGACGUACACGUGACGAACUUAGGGACUCCUUUGGUUCUGCCAGAGGAGGAGGCAGAUGAGGUGUCUGCUGAAAGGGCUGAGCCAGACUCCCCUCCGGUGGUGGAAGAGGAGCCAGAGCCGGAGGCGAAGGCUCCAAGCAUCCAGGAUGAGGAGGAGCUGGCGCCAGAGCAGGCCACCGAAAAGCCGUUGCUCAUCCCUCGCGAGGUGCCGGCGGUGAAGACUCUGUUGGAUGUCUACAAGGAGCUCUGCCACAUGGGCCUGACAUCUCCUGGCUCCAUCAGGCUGGCGCCCACGGAGGUCCGUGAUGUGGUGGUGAAACUCUACCAGCCUUUGGUCGAGCGCCAGCCACCCGCGCCCUUCCACCGCGAGAGAAUGGUGCCUCUGAAGCCCCCGGACUGCAAGGAUCCGGCGUGGAAGCACCUGCUGGACGGCACCAGACGGUCGGCGCCUCGAGCAGUGGUGGAUGUCACCACUGGCAUGGGCGGCGGGCCGGAGUUGGACCUCUUAGAGCUUCGCCUCUGGGAGAUCAACGCCUCCCUGAGCCACCUGAAGAACCCGGGCGUCAAGGAUCUCUACGUCAUAUCUGAGUCUGCCUAUGGCCUGCGAGGGGACGUGAAGCCGCUGCACUUCACGAGGCAAAGGCAGCGCUUCAAGGACUUCCUGCCGCAGGUGGAGCAUAUCUUGCUGGACAAUUGCUCCAAGUACUCCCGAGAGAUCGAGAAGCUGCGCCAAGAGAAGUCCACCAAGAGGAAGAAGGGUGGCACCAUGUUCUCCGCGGAGGGCAUACAGCGACUUUGUGUGCUGAAGACUCUCAUCCAGAGGCGGCCGACGGUGCCGGAUGACGCUCUGGUGAUCUUCUCUGACUUGGAUGAGGUGCCUUCCGCGAAGGCCAUCCAGAUGCUGCGGGUGUGCCAGCCUCGCGCUGCGGCCAAGGAGGGGCCUUGGAUUCAGAUGCACUAUCCCAUGCCCUACAACCUGCGGGUCGGGUGCAAGCGCAAGACGAAGUCGCAGAUGCAUUUUCAGGGCGUCUUCGCCACCAUGGGCUUCCUGCGGCGGAAGAAGUCGCUGGCCCUGAGGUACAACAUCAGAAAGAACCUCAUUGUGCCCAACGCCGGCAUUCAUCUUACCUAUGUAGGCUCCAGGGCGGAUGUGGACUACAAGCUGUUGCACCACGGUGCCGCCAGAUCUUGGCGACCAAAGCCACGGCCACCGGCAAACGCCUGAAGUUCUGCGAGAUCGAUGAGACGCGGUUGGCACAAAUGGAGCAGCUCCUGCGAGACAACCCUGUCUCGGUGGCGCGGGCCUGGGAGCGCAAGAGCUCGCUGCUGAAGAAGGCGCCCUACGGAGACCUCGGCGCCUGCCAGGUG